UUUGAAAAAGAAAGACGCUUUGGCUGAGAGAGUGCGGACAUAGUCUUGUCUCGUCCGCUCGUAGCUCAGAACCGACGGAGAGGGGCUCACCGCGGAGGUCACGGAGACAGGAGGAGACUCUAUGAGAGGAUAACCGUGUGUGCUCUGAGGAGUACCGCUCCGUGUGGAUUUAUCGUCUUCUUUGUUGCUCCCCAGCGUGAGGUUCUUCUUUUUGCGCUUCAGCUCAACGCAUCACCAGCGUGUUUGACUUUUCCGCGUGUUAAAGAAAUGAAUGAAAACAUGCAUAAAUAGAUGAAUGAAGAACAGCUUCCCGAUUCCACCCGCCGUGGUUUAAAAUUGAGGAAAACUUUUUGGGUAUUUUCUGAUAACAUUUUCACCCUUCUUCUAUAUCUACGACCCUGAAAUUCAUCUGUACGUCUUUAACAGCGUAGCAGGUUAGCAGUAGCUCAGCGAGGCAGCGGUGUUGAAUGGAUUCACCCUCUCAGGUGGCAGGGAAUGUUACUAUGAGAAUGGCUGGAUUACCUUUCCUUCGCGGAGGAGGCUGCUGAGGAGGGGUGGAGGGCUGGGAGGAAGAGGAAGAGAAGAAGGACUCCGAGCUGCGUUCCUCCACUUAAGCCACGACUGGGACGAGCCCUGUGACUGCCUCUUACAAGCUGGUCGGAUACGCGCAGGACAGUGAGAGGAGCGCAGUCAGCCUUUGCAGUCUGGGUCAAGAGGGAUUGGCAGAAGAAUGCUGGUCCCAGGUACCCAGGGGCAGGAUGGCGUCGUGUUGGCCAAGAGCCGUGGUCGUUAGAUGGUUCCUUUUGAUGCUCCUGUGGCACUGGGCACCUCUGGGUCCUCUGAGUUGGAUCCUGGCUGCUGCUGAGCGCCUGGAUCACAACCCUUCCCCUUUCUCAUCCGUGUCUGGCCGGAGCAGUGGCCAACUGGACUGGCUCCUAUCCGACAAAGGGCCCUUCCACCGCUGCCCAGAGUACACAGAGUUCAAAGAGCGCUUUCAGCAAGGUUUCACCACUCGCUACAAAAUCUACAGGGAAUUCAGCCACUGGAAAGUGAACAGCUUGGCCACGGAGAAGAGAGACUUCUUCAAGGCCCCAUUGCCCUUGGCUCCGGAGUUCUUACGCAACCUCAGGCUGCUGGGAAGGAGGCCGAGUCUCCAGCAGAUCCAUGAAAACCUAAUAAAAAAAUACGGCACUCAUUUCCUCGUAUCUGCCACGCUUGGAGGGGAGGAGUCACUCACCAUCUUCCUGGACAAGCAGAAGCUCAGCAAGAAGUCUGAAGGGAACGGCAACAACUCUGUGGUAUCCCUGGAAAUCCUGCACCAACUGGCAGCCUCCUAUUUUACAGACAGAGAGAGCACCCUUAGGAGACUCCACCACCUCCAAAUCGCCACCUCUGCCAUCAAGGUAACAGAGACCAGAACGGGGCCUCUUGGAUGCAGCAACUACGACAGCCUGGAUUCUGUAAGCUCGGUGUUGGUGCACAGUCCAGAGAAUAAAAUCCACCUGAAAGGUUUACAAGAUGUUCUACCUGACUUCCUGCGUAACCGCUUUGUGGAGGCGGCCCUCAGUUAUGUGGCAUGUAAUUCAGAAGGUGAGCUGUUGUGCCGUAACAAUGACUGCUGGUGUCGAUGCUCUGCAAAGUUCCCAGAGUGCAACUGCCCAUUCACUGACAUCAAAGCAAUGGAGGACAGUCUCCGCAAGUGCAGAGAGUCCUGGAUGGCCUCCAACAACGAGUUCAUCGAGUCAGAUGAGUUCAAGGCUUUUCUCAACAAUUUGCCUACUGAUCGCUUUUUGAACACGACCGCCAUCCUGAGGUUCUGGAACUCUGACCUGGCCUUGCAAAGGCGGCAUGGCUUGCUAGAGGGCACCACAAGAGUGAUCCUUGGAAAAGCCCAUAAGAUUGUGCGUAAACUCUUCACACUCAGCAAGCGCUGUCCCAAACAGCCAAAGAUCAGCCUGCCCAGAGACAGGACGCUGGGUUUCUGGCUAAACCGAGUGCAGUCCCUGCUAUACUGCAACGAGCAUGGAGUCCUGGGUUCCUUCUCAGAGGAGGCGCAGGGUUGUGUGUGCACCUCCGAGCAGACCGGCACCUGUCAGGGGACUAUCCCAUGCCUAUUGGGCGAGGGCACCCUGUGUUCAUCCUGUGCCCCAGACAACAUCACUCGCUGUGGGAUGUGCCUGCCCGGCAGUGUCCUUCACAUGGGAUUCUGUCGACCCAACAUCGCCAACUCCCUGGACCACUACGUGAACUUUGAUCUGGAUAUGCCAGAUGCGGAGGCACGCCACCUCCUGCGCCGGCUGGAUAGCCGCAUGGAGGUGCACGCCAUCUACAUCAGCAAUGAUGUGCGCCUGGGCAGCUGGUUCAACCCGGCGUGGCGCAAACGCAUGCUGCUGACGCUCAAGAGCAACAAAAACAAGUCCAACCUCAUCCACAUGCUGAUGGGGAUCUCCUUCCAGAUCUGUUCAACCAAGAACAGCACGCUGGAACCUGUGCCUGCCAUAUAUGUCAACCCCUUUGGGGGCAGCCACUCGGAGAGCUGGUUCAUGCCGGUCAACCUGCAGGAUUUCCCCGACUGGGAAAGAACCAGGCUGGACUCGUCCCUGCCAUGCUACAACUGGACUCUAACACUGGGAAGCAAGUGGAAGUCCUUCUUUGAGACAGUGCACAUCUACCUACGCAGCCGCAUCGUCACGGAUGACCCGGCCAUCAACGAGACGCUCUUCUAUGAGCCGCUGGACCCAGAUGACCGCUUGGCCAACCUGGGCUACAUGAAGAUCAACAGCCUGAAGGUGUUUGGCUACAGCAUGCACUUUGAUGCAGAAGGCAUCAAGGACCUGAUCCUGCAGCUGGACUACCCUUACGCACAGGGUUCACAAGAUGCCACGUUCCUUAUGCUGCUGGAGAUGCGUGACCGCAUAAACCGCCUCUCACCUCCUGCCAACCAGCCACUGGACCUCUUCUCCUGCCUGCUCAGGCACCGGCUCAAGUUGUCUGCCGGCGAGGUGGCCCGCGUCCGGGACUCCCUGCAAAGCUUCAGCACCAAGCUGCCCAAUUCCUCCGAGCCUGAACUCGCCCAGCUGUGCAGCUAGCUCAGCUAAUUUUCCCUUGCUAGAGAAGGUGUGUUUAUGAAUGUGAAUGAGAGAGAGGAACGGAGGCACAGGAUUAUUUUGGGAAUAUGUGUAUACAUUAUUUUAUGUGGGUGGGCUUGUUAGCUUUUCAGAGCCUGCCACUCUUGGGCAGCAAACUGAACAAAUAGGAAGCCAUGACUGACGGGGGAGCACAGAAUGUGCAUUUAUCUAAAUGCUAACUGAAUUUAACAUGGACCAAAUCAAGUUACACUUCUGAGAGAAGCUUGAAGAGAGAGAGAAAGAGAGAGACAGACAGAACAGCCUCCCAGUCUUUUCUGCAACAUGACACAAAAGCGAGACUUGUCUGCUCUUUCUUAUAUUCUGAAAAUGUGGGUGUUCUUUGGUGAUGUCAUUGUUCAACUUGAAAAGGGAUGUGGAAAAGAUGUUCUCCUUUUGGAUUAAUUUGUGACAAAAUUAAUGGUGAUAAUUAAUUAAUUAUAUUAAUACAGUGAUAACAAUCAAUUCAGAGGUUUACCUUGCUUUUCUAUUUUAUCUUAACUGUAUGGAAAGCUGUAUAUCUGUAUUUAACACUGGAUUGAGAUCCUCUUAGCGGAAUCUUUGUAUUCAGAGAUAUGGCUAAACCAAAAGGUAAACAAACGUAAAGGCAAACCGAAUGGCAAAAUGUCUGUUUUUAAUGUUUGUUGGGUUGUUUUCUUUUUUUUGAGAUGUUGAUCUUAAGAUAACAUAAAGCAUUGUUUUAUGAAGGUUUGUGGGCAGCUUUGUAAAUAUUGCUCCAUCAUCGAUCCUCAUUCAGGAUGUGAAAGCUGCACAUUGCUUCUUGAAUAUAACUGGUUCAACAUUCUUCUGAAUUUGUACUUUUUGAAAAGUGCAAAGACCAAAAACAUUUCUUACACGACAAAAAAAAGUAAAAAAAAAAAAACCAAGUAUCUAUUGCCUUAUAACGUGGAGUCUAUGUUCGGAUAUCAAAGCACACUUUCAGCUUGUUACUCUCUCUCUCUCUCUCAAAACCUUUUUACUGCUUUUGCACCAGUUCUAUUUUUUUUCUUUUUAGCUCUGAUUUCAGUUACAGUAACUACUAAUCUGUAAGAUUCCAAUUUAUAAUUGACUUACUCUGUGAGGAAUACUUGGUGUGUCUGCUCUGUACAAAUACAAGAAGCUCCAUUUGAAGACCUCCUUUAAUAUGACCAUGUUCACUCAUAUAUUAAUCCAUUUUUCCUACAGUGACUCAUUUGAGUUCAUUCUAGUACUUGUAAAAUGCAAAGCAGUUGUCCAGUCAGUUAUCAGCUAGCAUUCAGUAACACAGCUUAAAGCUCUUCGGUGAAUCUUUAUGAUAAUAAUGCAUUUUAAUUCAUGUCCCAUCUCAUCCAUAACACAAACAUACAAAACAGCAGUGCACUGAAUAUUGUUCAUGUGAAAGAAUAUUAUCUUUGCCAGUAUAAAUCUUUAGACACAACUCCCAUCUGCAAAUCAUGUAUAAGUUUUGUUAUUUCUCAACAGAAAGAAAAUGGGUCUUUUGAUUUUGCCCAAACACAGCACUUACGGAUAUUUGCCUUUUAGUUGCUGAAAACCUGAGAGAGUGUCAGUGCAGAUUGCAAACCCAUGUCCGAAAUUACCAGUUUUAUGCUCAGAUAAGAUGAACGUUCUUGACAUAGAAAGGGCAACAUUUACAAGGUGAAGAAACAAUUUACGAGGUUGUCAAAAAGGCUAGUGGGAUCUCUCACUCUGUCAAAACAUAGCCUACAUAGCCUGGGCUGGAGAGAAAAAAGCCAAAACAUGUAGGAUGGAUUUUGUAAACAUGGAUUGUUUAUCUUUACGUCACUUUGGAAUCAACACUCGUCCUUCGACUAAUCAUUGAGAUGCACAGGAAAGGCCAAUCCAUCACAGGGGCCUUUGUGUAAACUAUAGCCGCUCUCCAGAGGAGGAAUAAACAUGGUAAAUAUUCUUACGUUCGAUGAUUUAUGAAGGUUGUAUUACCAAGGGUAUGAGUGCAUUUCGGCAGUGGAUUUAUGAAAUAUGAAAUUGGGCCAGAUUUAGAUUCUGUAUGUACCCUCCUUCCUGAGGAACUUAUGCUGCCUAAUUAAGCCAGCUCUGUACAUAACAGAAUGGAAUAUAGCUAAAUGACUGCCUUAAACACAGUAAAACAUUACCUGUAAAUGGAAUUACUACACAGACAAAUAAGGAAAUGCUCUAAAACAUGGUCUGAAGUCACGUUUAUAAUUGGCUAUUAAAACAAACACUGGUCAAAAAUCCUUUAAAAGCCAAGAGAAACAAUUGUCCUUUAAUAAUGUUCCUGUAGACAGUUCUUUCUGUAAUGGAAUCUAUUUUCAUCAAUAGUUGGUCUGCCCAGGUUUAUCCUUUAUUGGCCUCUCCAGACCAUGCUUCCAGACUUCAUGUAUGACCUACUUUCCCAUACCGAGUUCAACAACUGGCCAUUUUAAGCAAUUGUCUAUUUGUUACAUUCAAUGAAAAAGUUUAAAUACCAAUUUACAUUACCAUAUUAGAAGUAAAUAUUUAGGUUAUGAGAGUGGACCUCCCACACUGUAGUGUCCACAGUGAAAAAUAAAAAUCAGUAUUGGUCACUAAGAAGUUUUUACAUCAAUACUACUCCAAAGUUUGACCUAGUUCUUAACGGAUGGGCUGCCAAAAGGCAGCCAUUUUAUCAAAGAGUUACACUGAGGAUGUGGCCACCUGGAAUCUCUGAGGAGUCCAAGAAAAUAUGACCAGAAAAAGCCCCCAUUUCAACAAUGUCCUUUACUUGAAAGCUAUUAGGGAAUUUGAUUUAGGACUCACCGCUGUUGGACAUUGGUUAAAGAGAGUAACCACUUUGUAGGUUGAGGUCAGCAGUUUGAACUGUAAUACGUGCACAGAUAGGCCUGAAACAGGACAUAUUUAACAUUUGUAGUAGCAUUCAAUUUUCCAAAAUGAAUUCACAACCUUUGAUGUUUAGCAAGUACCUAUGUGCUAGUUGAUCAAGCCACCCUGCGGACUGUUUGUGUCAGAUUUGAGCACUGCGUUGCAGUAAAGCUACAGGCUGGAUCCAGACAGUGUAGACAGGUGUAGUUCUGCCCCAUGAGAAAUGAAAUAGUUGCAUAAGCUUUAGGCAACAUGCUUUAGUGAUACUGGAAUGCUGUCUUUUUUCAGUCUUCCAUGAGCUGAAAAUCCAAACCAUGUUGGAUCCUGGAUUUGGGCUGCUUUACAGCUUUUGAAAAGCUGUGGUUUUAAAUUAGCACUAACUUAAAAGACAUAUGGUAGUUGGCUCUGAAUCCGUUGUUUAUUUUUUUGCUGGGUUUCUAUUCUAUACCAUCAAAUUUCACUCAGUUUGGUCACUAGCUGACUAAAAAAUUAUCUCUGGUGCCUCUAGUGAGGCAUCUCUACCAUUCCAACAAAGCUGGAAUUUCUCAGUGAACUAGAUAACUUGAGCACUGUCCAGUAGGAAUGUCCCUGACCUCUUCUACUAUUAGACAUUCUUGACCUUUAGCUUAAGUUGUCUGGAUAACUGAGAGAACUGAAAAGCUUUGUAAAAUAGCCCUAGUUGGCCUGGGUGUGCUAACAGAAAGCAUAGUAGACACAGAUAUUAGUAUGCUGUGGAGAGUGCAGUCAUUUGAUGCUCCUGUCAUUUAAAGGUUUCUGGUGCUGAAGAAUGAGAAACUGCCCUCCCAGGUGGAGCAAAUCCCAGCUGGUGCUUUAUAGGACUGCAGUUGCAUCUUCGCCAAAUUGUUGCUCUGCGGUGCCCCUCUAUACACUUGAUGUUUUCCAUUUUCUACCCUGCAUAACUUUGGCAUGACCGCACAAACAACAGUGACAUAAAUCAUAAACAUGCCACACCUGAGUGGGGUCAAAUUUUGCCUACAACAUUUUCAAAAUGCUUUUCAACCCCGGUGCAUUACCAGAGAUAUAGUAAAAUGACUCUAAAAAUAGGCAGUCAUGUCCAGAACCAAAGCGUUGAAUGUACAGUACAUAUUCCCAAGAUAACUCAUUCCUAAGUUCAUUCCUAUGAGAGCCAAUAUUAUGCUCAAUUAAGAGUAUGAGGUAUCAGCAUGCUAUCAAGCAUAUCUAUCUCUUUUUGCUGAUAUUACUUUAAUUCAUACAUUUCCAAAUGUAUUACUGUACAAGAAGCAGAUACCUGAUAAAGGUAGACUGGCCAUGAGAUGAGGCAAAACAACUUUAUACUUUUAUCGUUUGAUCCAAAAGAUUUCUCUUAGUGUUUUAACAGGAUGUAAAUGUUCUUAUAUGAAAUAAUAAAAAGGUGACAUUAUUCUUUUCCCCUAAAAUGUCUGUAAAUAAAUAUACUUUAAUGAA